AAAAUUCCAACGCAAAGAAACUCUCUUCUAGUCUUCUUGUGUAUCAGUAUUGUCCACUCCACUUCUGAGUUCUGACUUCUGAGGCACCCUUCACCUCCAUUUUUAGGCGGGAAAACAGAGAAAACCUCCCACCUUCAAAAUUCUUCCCCUAAUUUCUCUCUCCUCCCCUCUUCUCUUCCUUCCUCCAUUACCCACUUCCAUGUCCAAACCUCGCACCACUAAACGUCUAAAAAAUGUCACAAAUUCAUCAACAAAAGCCUCUGAAAUCAUACCAAACAAGAGAAAACGACCCACCAAGCUGAAAAAUACUUCAAACAAUGAAAUUGAAGAUAUAGAAGAUUUGUUGAAGUUCAAUGAUAAAGAAAUUGCAGAAAUUAGGGCAUCUUUGUUGGAAUGGUAUGAUAAGAACAAAAGGGAUUUGCCUUGGAGAAAUUUAAAUGAUGUUGAUGAUGGAGGAGAGAGAAAAGCAUAUGGGGUUUGGGUUUCUGAAGUAAUGCUGCAACAAACUAGGGUUGUUACUGUAAUUGAUUAUUAUAACCGUUGGAUGCAGAAAUGGCCUUCCAUUCAUCUUCUCUCUCUUGCUUCUCUUGAGGAGGUGAAUGAAAUGUGGGCAGGCUUGGGAUAUUACAGACGAGCAAGGUAUUUGUUAGAGGGGACAAAAAAGAUUAUUGAAGAAGGAGGCACUUUUCCCAGAACAGUCUCUUCUCUGAGGAAGAUCCCUGGCAUAGGAGAUUAUACAUCAGGUGCAAUUGCCUCCAUUGCGUUCAAUGAGGUGGUGCCUGUUGUAGAUGGCAAUGUGGUUAGGGUGCUUGCUAGGUUGAAGGCUAUAUCUGCUAAUCCAAAGGACUCGGUGACUGUAAAGAAAUUUUGGAGAUUAGCAGGCCAACUAGUGGAUCCUCGUAGACCUGGAGAAUUCAACCAGGCACUAAUGGAGCUUGGUGCAACAACAUGCACUGUGACAAGCCCAAGCUGUUCUGAAUGCCCUGUUUCUGCUCAGUGUCAUGCAUUAUCAUUAUCUCAGAAGGGUGGAUUAGUGACUGAUUAUCCAGCAAAAGUUGUAAAGGCUAAACCGAGAAAUGAAUUCUCUGCUGUAUGUGUUGUGGAGAUUACAGAAUCCAGGAACUUGGUAGAAGCCUACCAGGGAACAAGCCGUUAUCUUCUUGUGAAGAGACCCAAUGAAGGUUUGCUAGCUGGCCUCUGGGAGUUUCCAUCUGUUCUGCUAGGGAAAGAGUCUGAAACAGCAAUUAGAAAGAAAUCAAUUGAUACUUUCUUAAAAACAUCAUUCAAUCUUGAUACAAAGAAAACCUGCAAAGUGAUCUCGAGAGAGGAAGUUGGAGAGUACGUCCACGUUUUCUCUCACAUACGGCUGAAAAUGUAUGUUGAAUACUUGAUCAUACACCUAAAAGGUGGGUUGGAUUUCUUGCAGAGCGUGCCGGAUGAAGGAAGUAUGGUCUGGAAAUGUGUUGACUGGAAGGAACUUUCAAGAAUGGGUCUGACAUCUGGUGUCAAAAAGGUUCAUACCAUGGUUCAGAAAUUCAAAGAAAACAGCCUGACCGUGAAGAAGACCCAAGACACUGUACUAACAAAAUCGAGAAAGAAAAGAUAAUUGAAAUGUCUGCCUUUGCUGCAUUCUCAUGGUUGCAUGACAACAAAUGUAAACUCUCUUGAGUUACGGCAAGCUUCCAAUUUUGUGUAUAAUUUGCCUCAGUACUAAUUUAUACUCCCUGGGGCCUUUGCUCAUGACUCCGCAACGCACUAAGCUCCAGCAGGAAGGCGUAUGGGAUGAUUGUAACUUGCAAGGUCUACAAUUUCAUGUAAAUUUUUGCAACUUUAGUAGAUCAUCUUUUGAUGCUAAGUUAUGUGGGGGAAAUUUUUAUUUCUUCACAAGGAAGAUAUAUAUUGAUAAUUGAACAUAUUUUAUCA